AUGCUCCUUGACAACGGGUUCGGCUCGAACAUCCUAAUCCGAAGAUAGAAACCGGACCAUCCUCCAACCGGACUCGCCACUGGUGCAUCACAUCAUAACCCUGACGCUUCCCACACACUUGUUCAAACUGACGAGACGAGCGCACUCGCUCCGGAUUGUUUGGUGUUGGUUGGUUCCCCAGGGGUGGAACCGCGACCUGUGCCGGUGUGGGUGCUCGGAAACGUAUUUUUUCUUGUUCACGAUGUACAGUAGUCCUCGGGCAGACCCCUCCAGGCUGUGCAGGGUGUCUCCAUCCUCUGGGAAAAUGACAUGUCGAAUGUGGUGUCCGUCCGAUUCCACUUGGAUUGUGCCGACGCUCGCUUUUUGGAUGCUGUCGCGCAGAUCUAGAAUGACAGCAAAGGCAAUGCAGGGCACAGGCGCCCUACACGCGCAGAUGCAGGAAGAGAAGAUUGGGCUUCUUCGUAAGGUAGCGCCUGUGCACUCGGGGCCACUGAGAAGGCGCACGCGAUUCCUCAAAGCUUUGCAUUACUUCGAGAUACGCUCGUCGGUGCUACUCCUCUACAAAUCACGAAGCAAACGUGCCAACCCAGGGUUUCUAGAGUCACUGUUCUCCAAGUCGGGAGAUGAGGACUCCAUAGACUCGGAGAUCAUCCAGGCUGCGUCUAGCCAGGGGCAGUGGGAUGCCGCCUUUGAUUUGUCUGGCGCGAAAGUGACAGCGCUCUCGGCCGACGAGAAGGGAGGGAAUAGUUUCCCCUUCAGAAUUUCUUUUGAGGGGAUAUUCGUCCUGAGCGUAAGCGUUAUCGAUGCAUGCGACAAGGAUUCGCCACAACGCAGCCUGUACCUGACGGCGGCAUCUGCCGAAUCGAGGUGGUCCGAGUGGCUCCAUCACUGCACGCGGGCUGCGAGAAGUCUCUCCAGGGCAGACUUUGAGCCACUCAAGACAGUUGGCAAGGGGCAGUGGGGGAAGGUUUUUCUCGUUCGGAAGACAUCGGGGCCAGUGGCAGGACGAGCUGCCGCGGACCCGGGCCUAGUUUCCGGGACGGACAACGUGGAGCUUCUGGCGCUGAAGGAGGUCCAGCUCGGAUCAAACACAAACAUCAACCACGUCCAGAAUGAGCGCCUCAUUAUGCAGGCGGUUCCGCCCCACCAGUUUGUCGUGGGCAUGCUGUACGCAUUCCGUACGCCCAGGUUCCUGUACUACGCACUCGACUUCAUGAACGGCGGCGAUCUGUUCCGCCACUGGAGGAAGCACCGUAACAGACGCACAGAGAUGGCUCCCUUUUACGCUUCAGAGGUGCUUCUGGCUCUGGAGCACCUUCACAAGCACUGCGUCAUUUACCGGGAUCUCAAGCCCGAGAAUGUGCUCUUGGACUCGCAGGGACACAUUCGACUGGCUGACCUGGGAUUGGCGAAGGUCCUCAAGAGCAAAGUGGAUAGAACAAGCAGCUUCUGUGGGACGGAGGCUUACCUCGCGCCGGAGAUGAUUCUGCGGCUACCGUACGGCUCCUCAGUGGAUUUCUGGCAGUAUGGGUGCUUCGUGUAUGAGCUGUACGCCGGACGAUCACCGUUCUGGCUGCCUCGCAAGCCUAGAAAGUUCAUUCGGGAAAACAUUCUGAAUGGCGUCUUCGCUUACCCAUCGGUUGUGCCGGAGGCAGCUAAGGACAUCACCGGGGCCUUGCUGCAGAUGGGACCGCUGUUGGACGUUUACCACCAGGUGACGGAGGCCCGACGACUUGGAUGUGGGAAAGACUUCGCAGCUUGGGACGAUGUCAAAAGCAAUGGGUUCUUCGCAAAUACGGACUGGGAAGCGUUGGCCCUCAAGAAGACCACACCGCCAGUCUUGCCAGCAGAUCCGGGAAAGGACAUGGUGAACAACUUCGACGACGACUUCACCAACCAACCGGUGUUCUGGGGCAACGACGUGGACGCGAACGGAGCAAGCCCAGUGUUCUACGAAGGAGAAUUGGAAGGAUUUUCGUUCAUCAGGGACAACUUCAACGAGGUCGAGAGGAACGAGGACAAGCAGCUUGCAUAGUUAGAAGCCAGCCCGGCACCGGUAUAA